CACAACAAAUUCACUGCAACAACAAACUAGUACCCAUUGUUUUGAUUAUUAGCCUUUUAAGACUUUUAGAAGAGCUUAUUUUCCACACACAAAACACACGGAUUCAGCAGUCAAAGUCACACACACAAGAUAAGGCCAACAUGACUGCACAAGACAAACCCUCUACCGUCACAUCCCAUCACCACCACUCUCCUGCUCAGUCACCACCACCACCCCCCUCCAACGCCGCCGUCACAUCCCACCACCACCACUCUUCACCGCCACCGCCCCCUCAUUCCGCAGCGCCACCUCAGCCCUACCCUGCUGCUCAGUACGGCACCUUCCAAGGCGUCUCCAACUACCCUCCGCCUCCGCGGGAUCCUCACCCAGCCAUCGGGUUUCCCCACCCUGUUCCGCCGCCUGGCGCCGCUGACCACUCGGCUCCUCAUCCUCCUUAUUACCCUCAUGGCUACCAAGCAGUUCCUGGUUAUGCAGUUGCUGAAGGAAGACCUGUACGAGAAACCCGCCUUGGUUGCUGUGGUCUUGGUUGCGGCUGGUGCCUGUUUAUAUUAGGCUUCUUGCUUGCUGGUAUUCCGUGGUAUGUCGGAGCAAUAAUUAUGCUCUGUUCCAGAGUAGACCAUCGGGAGAAACCUGGAUAUGUUGCGUGUAUAAUUGCUGCUGUUCUGGCGACAAUUGCUAUUAUUCUUGGCGUGACAAAGGGUGCAGAUGACUGGGACUGGUAAUCUUUUAAGUAUAUGAGUUGUACAGGUUGCUAUAUAUGAGUGUAUUUAUAAGUGAAUCAGUUGUUGAAGUAUUGUUUUACAGUUUUACUUAUGACGUAUUCAUUGAAAACAGCCACCUUAAGCAAUUUGUAUUUGUUUAUUUGUUACACGGUUGCCUGCUUCUUGGCCAAGACGAUAUGAUGAGGCAAUACUUUGUGCUUUAUCUUUGUAUGAAUAUUAAUUUCUAGAUUAUUGUGAUUUAAAUAGUCAUAA